UAGGUUUAUCAGUUGCAAUGUAUUUUAAACACUUACUUAUAGCUUCAGACUUUUUUAAAAACAUUUAGUUGAAAAUACUGUUAGAAUAAUGUUGUUUAAGCUUCUUUUUGUUGUUUUUUGUGCUUUGAUUUAUAGUUCUAUGCAGCAGAACACUCCGCAUGGAUCCUUUAGUAAAUCAGACUGUGAUUUACCUCACACUGAACCAGGUCCACAAUGCAAGGCUCGUAUACCCAGGUUUUGGUGGAACAACACCUCAAAGGCCUGUCAAGGUGUUAUCUAUGGUGGUUGUAGAGCUACGAAAAACAAUUUUGAGACUCUAGAACAGUGCAUUGCUAUAGCUGGAUUGACAUGUACGUCAUAAAUUCUGCGCAUAAUGUAUUAUGUUUCAUAAAAAUGUGUAUUGUUAUAUUUUGUUUAAUAUAUGAUAAUAUUUUUU